AUGGUGGACAGGAAUGGUCAGCUUGAAGUGGAAGUGAUCCAGGCUAGAGGCCUUACUCCAAAACCUGGCUCCAAAGCAAUUCCAGCCCCAUAUAUCAAGGUCUACCUGAUAGAGAAUGGAGCUUGUCUGUCAAAGAAGAAGACAAGGACAGCAAAGAAAACUUGGGAUCCAGUAUAUCAACAGUUCUUCUGUUUGAUGAAGGACCUCAGGGGAAGGUAUUACAGGUCAUUGUUUGGGGAGACUAUGGAAGAAUGGACCACAAAUGCUUCAUGGGGAUGGCACAGAUCCUACUUGAAGAGCUUGAUUUAA